UCGCUCGUGUCGGAAGCUAAGCUAACUGAGCUAACUAGCAAACAAGGUAGCUCGUGAGCCGAUGGCCCGUCAGUAAUAACAUGUCAGAUUGCUUUGGAGUCGUGAUGGGCACCUCAGUAAAGUACAGCUCGCGGGGCCCUGCUCUGAUACCGCGCAUGAAGAGCAAGCAUCGCAUCUACUACAUCACCCUGUUCUCCGUGGUGCUGCUGGGCUUGAUUGCCACGGGGAUGUUCCAGUUCUGGCCCCACUCCAUCGAGUCUUCCGCAGAAUGGACCGUGGACCGCCGCAGUGUGCACGAUGCUCCACUGGUUAACUGCCCGUGGCCCAGCCCUAUUCCUGAGAGGGGAGACCUUAGCUGUCGCAUGCACACCUGCUUUGAUGUCUACCGCUGUGGCUACAAUCCUAAAAACCGAAUUAAGGUUUACAUCUACCCUCUCCAACGCUUUGUGGAUGAUGUGGGAGUCCCCAUCAGUAGUACUGGCCUGUCCCGGGAGUAUAAUGACCUGCUGAGUGCUAUCUCAGACAGUGACUUCUACACUGACGAUGUCACGCGGGCAUGUCUUUUCGUGCCUUCCAUUGAUGUGCUGAACCAGAACUCCCUGCGUAUUCGUGAAACGGCUCAGGCUCUGGCCACGUUACCCAGGUGGGACAAAGGGAUGAAUCACCUGCUUUUUAACAUGUUACCAGGAGGACCUCCAGACUACAAUACAGCCUUGGAUGUCCCCAGGGACAGAGCUCUGCUAGCUGGGGGUGGUUUCUCCACGUGGACCUAUAGACAAGGCUAUGACGUUAGCAUUCCUGUGUACAGCCCACUGUCCGAUGAAGUUGACCUUCCUGAGAGACAGCCGGGGCCCCGACGCUACUUCAUUCUGUCCUCCCAGACGGCCAUCCAUCGAGAGUACCGUGUAGAGCUGGAGAGGCUGAAGGAAGAGAAUGGAGAAGCCCUGCUCCUUCUGGACAAGUGCAGUAAUCUCUCGCAGGACAUGGCCUCAGCCAGGAAGCGCUGCUACAAGGGCCAGAUGUACGACUACCCCCAGAUCCUACAGGAGUCUUCCUUCUGUGUGGUGUUGAGAGGAGCUCGACUUGGCCAGGCCACUCUCAGUGACGUGCUGCAGGCCGGCUGCGUCCCUGUCAUCAUGGCAGACUCGUAUAUUUUGCCGUUUUCUGAGGUGCUGGACUGGAAAAGAGCUUCUGUGGUUAUUCCUGAGGAGAAGCUCCCAGAGAUGUAUAUGAUUUUAAAGAGCAUUCCUCCCAGACAGGUGGAAGAGAUGCAGAGGCAGGCUCGUUGGUUCUGGGAGGCAUAUUUCCGCUCCAUGAGGGCUAUUGGUUUAACCACACUGCAGAUAAUCAACGACCGCAUUUAUCCUUACGCCGCAUGUACAUACGAGCAUUGGAACAAUCCUCCAGUUGUGAAAUGGUCCAGUGUAAACAGUCCACUUUUUCUCCCACUCAUUCCUCCUCGAUCUCCGGGCUUCACUGCUGUGGUUCUGACUUAUGACCGCGUGGAGAGUCUCUUCAGGGUCAUCACUGAGAUCGCCAAAGUGCCCAGUCUGGCGAAGCUGCUGGUUGUGUGGAACAACCAGAACAAGAGUCCACCUGAAGAGUCUCUCUGGCCAAAGAUUGCUGUUCCUCUCAAAGUGGUGCGCACCAAGGAGAACAAACUCAGCAAUCGCUUCUUUCCCUUUGAUGAGAUAGAGACAGAAGCAGUGUUGGCCAUCGAUGAUGACAUCAUCAUGCUAACCUCCGAUGAGCUUCAGUUUGGAUAUGAGGUGUGGCGUGAAUUUCCAGACAGGCUUGUUGGGUAUCCUGGUCGGCUACACUUGUGGGAUCAUGAGAUGGGGAAGUGGAAGUACGAGUCUGAAUGGACAAAUGAAGUUUCUAUGGUGUUGACGGGAGCGGCCUUCUACCAUAAGUACUUCAAUUAUCUGUACACAUACAAGAUGCCAGGAGACAUUAAGAACUGGGUAGAUGCUCAUAUGAACUGUGAGGAUAUUGCCAUGAACUUCCUUGUGGCUAACAUCACUGGCAAAGCUCCUAUAAAGGUGACUCCUCGAAAGAAGUUCAAGUGUCCUGAGUGCACAGCAAUAGAUGGACUGUCCCUGGACCAGACACACAUGGUGGAGAGGUCUGAGUGCAUAAACAAAUUUGCCUCCGUGUUUGGGACCAUGCCUCUCAAGGUCGUGGAGCACCGAGCUGAUCCAGUCCUGUAUAAGGAUGACUUCCCUGAGAAGCUCAAGAGCUUCCCCAACAUCGGCAGUCUAUGAUGGGACCGCGCCUUGCUGUUCAUGCCUUUGUGUGCUAAGCCAGGCUGCAGAUGCUUUAGGACUCACUGGCGUGCUGUAUGUCCUACUUAAUGACUCUCUGAGCGUGCAUUUCGUCUGGUUGAUGUGACAGAGGGAAAUACACUGUUACUUUUUAUCCACUUUUUUUUUUUAAAUCCAUGCACCCUUUUGAAUCUGGAAGCAAUGGUGAGCUCACCACUGGAAAAUCACCGGACUAGUCUCAUGGCUGUAGGGGCUGAAUAAAACAUUGUAUGGACCUUAACAGAGAGCAGAAUUGAAGAUGGUUUUCUCGGACUCCUACUGAAAGCUUUUAAUCGUCUACUGUACUGUUCUGCAUUAAAACAUUUGAGAGCAGUGCCCUUGACAGUCUGAAAUCCAAUAUUAAGCUCCGUUUGUCUUGCCGUUAAUGGUGAUUUUAUGGAUUAAAAAUGCCACAACAACAAAAAAUCAGUGUUGUACAUGCACAAAACAGGAAGGCAUAGUACGAGAUAUAUCACAAUGACAAAAUUACAAAGCUUUAUUUUAGCUUUUGGAUUAGUUGUGAUCACAGAAGGUGUGUAAAAGAGGAAACUGCUCAAAGCUUGUGUUGAGCAUGUAGCACAAAGAUGAUUACACAGAAUCUAGAAAAUGAUCACUUUUCUGGAUUCCUCUAGUGUUUGUGUAUGUCAUCACAUCAGUGUGUAAAAGUGAAGGGGAAGGUAAAUGGUAGCCUGGUUAUCAGGGAUACUGCUGCCAGUAUUUAUAAAAAAACGUUUGGACAUAAAUGUGAGGUGAAGAUAAUAUAUCUGUGGAAUUUAUCGAACAAUUUUAAGGAUGUACAUUUGGGGCUUACAUCUUGGCAUGAGUCAAGAAACGGAUCAUAUUGAGUUGUUUGGGUAGUGGGUGGGGCUUGUAGACACCAGGCAGUGGCAUUUCACGUUGAUGUUUGUAUUUUAAGUUUAGUCUGUGAAUGUAAGGGGCUCUUAUGAGUUCCAGCAGCAUUAAGGCCCACUUCUCGUGACCGAUGUGGGAUAUUUCUGACAUGGCAUUCUGCUCAGCCUUCUUCCAUAGCAUGCAAGUUCAAGCAGUGAUCAUGAGUCAAGUAUUUUUUUUUUCCAUUCAGUUCAAAAUUUUAACCAAGAAGUUUAUCAGAAUGUUAUGACAAUAUGAAAUAGUUGUACAUUUCUUUAAUUUUAUUUGUUGUCUUGUUUUGUGUUUGUUUUUUCUUUGAUUGACUUUGUAUAAUAAAUGGGGGUUUGUAAAACAUGUAUAAUUCAUGAUAUUGUAAAGCUGUGCUAUUUUUUUUUCGCGGUCAUCUCUGAUGUCUGGCGAUGGAGCAGAUGUCUAAGCUCUGUGAGUGAUUUAACUUCAGGAGCCUGUAUGUCUGAGAUAAAUGCAUUUCAUCUCUAUGGGGAGUGAACUUGUGAAGAGAAAAGUAUUCCUGUUCUGAAUCUUCCUUCACAGACAAAGAGAAAAUCUGGUAAGGAGGUUUCAGCAACAAGUCCUGUAUUGGAAAUGUCAGUGAAUGACCAAUUACACAGUGAGUGCCA